GAUCGAUUGUUUUUUGCUUGAUUUUCUUAUUGAUUCUACUUUUGAUAUCGCUAUUUGUUAUCAUUCAUAUAUCUAUUUAUCUGGUUGCUUAUCAAGUCCUGUGGUGAAAGCUACAAACCCUAAUCUUCCAAAUUCCCCAUUGAUUGUUCAGUAACGCCGGCCUGAUGGCUCCUUUCAAAGGCAAAGACAAAGCAAAGAUGUCCAAGCGUGACGAUGGAAAAGACGAAAGAACGGACCUGAAGAAUAUUAUGAAAGAUAUUGAGCUUUUGGGUUACUCGCAUAUGACAUGGAAAGAAAAGAAGGCAUUUGAGAAUAAGAAGGUGGCUUCCCUUGGUGGUAAGCCUUCAAAACAGCAGAGAUUACCUCUUAGUGUAGCAAAACCGAAGAUGAAAAAACAGAAGGAAAGAGAACAGAAAAUGCUCCAAGAGAGGUUGAUUCUCGGUAGGUUUGGUGGGAGUUCUAGUGGGAACUCUGGCAAUGGUGUGAAAAGAUCCGAGGUGAAGCGUCGGCCAGAGGACAGGGUUCUGAAGUCAAGUCAAGGUGUUUUUAGAAAAGGUGUACUUGAUGUAAAGCAUUUGUUGAGUCAAAAUCCAUCCAGAGGGACUGAACCUUCCACUCGUAUGUUCAAUAAAGGAAAAAAGAAUGGAAAUGGAAAUGGCAAAGGGAAGAGUGGUGGUGGUGGUAUGAAAUUUGAUCUAUAAGUGUCACUAUUCAAUAGACAUUAAGUCAAAAAAAUGCUAGGAUAAUUCUUGUUUAUGCAUCAUCUAGUUGUAACACAGUGCUAAGCACAAAAUAAUAUAAUUUUGAUUUUUUUUGCCUUAACUUUAAAGCUUUAAAGAGUUCAGUAUUCUUUGUAUUAUGUACCAAUUUUGCCAGUUUAAUGAAUAACUAGAGUUGGCUAAAAUGGGAAAUGAAGUACCCAUUUGGUACAAGCAA